GGGAUUGCGGGCGCGAGUUGCUCCUGGGCGUCCAGCUUUUCUUGUCUCCUUUUCGCGGACGGGCGUGCCUUGAGACAAAUAUCGCCGCAGGUUCCGCCCCGAGUCCCAACCCCCCCCUUUUUUCCGAGAUGCUCUCCAGGGACAGAAGAGGCGAGAUGGAGAUCGACGUGAUGCUGGACGAGCCGCUGACCAGCGACUCGUGCACGAAGGUCGUGAUGGAGCUCAUAAAGUACAUUCUGUACCAGAAGCAGCAGAUACCGCUCGCGUACGAAGCGCUGGCCCAGUUCCAGACGGGCGUGAAGACGACGGACAGGAACGCGGUCUCCUUCAGGGCCCUGUCGAGCACGCUGACGAACGUCUCGGACCACUUGGCCUCGCAGUUCUUCCUCAAGGGCUGCGACAUAAGGGAGGUUGCCAUAGUGCUCGGCGCUACGAUACUCUCGCCGAAGCUCUACAUCGGGGUGGAACUUCCCUCGUACGUGCUCAACAGCAAGCGGCACAAGGAGUACCAGCACUCCUCCAGGAAGCCGCUCUUGAAGCUUAUGAGGUCUAUGUUGGAGUGCGACGAGUUUCAGGAGGCCAUGAACGCCCCUGUGAACAUGACGAACAUGUUUGUCAUGCUGAGGAAGAACGACAGCAACUCGGUGUCCGAUUUCUUCCUGCCCAAGCCACAAUACGCGCCGCCCGUACAGACGGCGAGUUGCUUCAGGAUUAAACUGUGCCAGAGCGACCAGGUGGAUAUGCGGUGCAACUGCAGGACGCUUGUUAAAGUGUACCACGACUCGUGCAAAGCUUACACGGAGAACGAGGACGACAUGCAAUACACUCAGUACAAUAGCACCACUCAGUCUUCCUACCGAUGGUAUCAGUCGAAGCAGAUCAUAAAGGGAUUUAAAUUCUGUUCGUGACUACGACUUGGCGAUAUGACAAUUGUAGCAGAAUUCAAAAUUUCCGUAGAGUAGGAUAAAUAGUUUUAUAAUAGAUAGGAUGUUAAAUAGAUUAAUGUCACGUAAUUAUGUUAUUUACGAGAGUAAGACUAGAGCCAGCGGCCCACUCAAGACUCGGUCUUGAGUCAUCUGAUCUGAAACUCUGCGUUAUUGGCUCUCGCGAGCAAUCCAGCAGGAAAAAUAGUACCGUGCGCCGUUGGCUUGAGACAGGACAAGUAUAAACGUUAAUACGUUUGCGUUGCCGACUUUGCAACGAUGUCGAUGUGACUCGACGAAUGUCCCUCGAGGUCAUAUAGAAAUUUCCAUUCCCUAUCGGAGACAAGCAGUAUUUUUAUUCGUGUCAAAAUGCAACGAACGUGAUAAGAUACUCGCCAGUGAUCGAAAUUAUGUAAUUAAGAUUGCAGUGUACAAUUACGUAACGAUGAAUUUUAGUGAUUAAGAUGUUUACAGUAAAAUUGACAAGACGAAAGCGUUAUUGCUGGUUUAUUGUGUAGGAAAGAUUUUGUAAUUUUGUAAGAAGUAUUUUACAUUGUACACAUAAUUAUAACGUUAAAUAUUUUUUAUCUUA